AAUUACUUCCAAAGGUCUGACCAUUAGCCGAUACCCCAUGGAGAUUGCACGCUACAAGAUGAUAAAACAUGUGGGAGAAAAACAUAAUGAACAGAACCCAGAGAGGUUUACUUUGUUGCGCAAUGUGAAGCAGCGAAUGUCCAAGGAUGGACUGACCACACUCAAGUACCAUCUACAGCAGGUAGAUGAAAUGCCCACCCAUACACGAUUACAGGUUCUAAUAAAUGAGGCGGAAGUACGAAAGUCGUAGCAGUGUGAGUGUCAGAAUGUCAUCAUAGCCGAGACAACGCUCAUCUGGGAUUCCAUUUUCUCCAUAUCACCGAGAGAGAGACAAAGGGUCUUUCUCUCAUCCUGGACCAAACAAAUGAUAUCUGUGUGUGUGUGUGUGUUUUGUGUGUGUAUGUGUGUGCAUGCGUGCGUGCGUACGUGCGUUGUGUGUGUGUGUUUGCAUGCGCGAGAGCGCACAUCUGUAUAUGUGUAUGUCACAAAUCAAUACAUGGGAUGUGUAUAUUGUUCCAUGAACCGCUCGUGAGCUGAGUGCUGUUUUGCACAAACUUCAGCUUUUGACUUUUGGAAUUUUUUGCAACAACUGUCAAGGCUGUUGAAGAAUCUUUCCCUUUGAGCCCUACAUCAUUACAGGAAAUGCUUGUGCUCCAUAGUAGCUCGCUUUCAUACGCUGGAUCCUGUUCUUUUUUUGUGUCUGGAAUUUAGUGCUUUCAAAGUGAUUUUCGUCAACAGGGCCUACUGGAAAAAAAUGGAUUUUGUACAAGAUAGCACCGAGCUUGCGCUCGACCUUCUCAGAUGUUCUUAUCUACACAGGGUAUUGACAUAUCAAGGACUGCUCUAGUAUUGUCUGUUGGCCUGGGGAGGUGUCAUGUGUGGCCAGGGCUGGCGUUGAAGUCAUCACAUCCGAACAUCAGAACUUUUGUCACAGAUUCGUACCUAUCAUCGAUAUAUACAGGCAUAAUAUACAACAUGCUGGUGUUUAUGUCAAUAUAGGUUGGUGGGCCUGACCGUUAAGCGAAAACAGUCCCACGCUUCUUUUGGACAUAGGUGGUAGUACCUGAGGUCCAUCCGGUCUUGUCGUCUGUGAAUUAUUGUUCCAGUGUUUUGUGAAUGCGACAUGUAAAAAGUAGAUUAAAAACUUGCCAAGUAUAUUGAAGUUCAAAUUACAGUUUGGAUUACUGUCUCCACAUUCUUUGCAAAGGUGGUUUUCUGCCACUUUUGUUUAGCUCUAUAUACAUUACAUGGCUCUCAUUCCUAGUUUGGAUACAGCGAUGAAUGACAGCUUGAUCUAAUGACCCUUUUACUUGUUGCAAGUCCAAUAUUUUCAGUGCAGAUGCUAUGUAUGUAAUUAUAGAAUCAUCGUAACUACACUCUGUCAAGAUUCAGUGGAUUACGGUAGGAUCAUAGCUCAUUCUAUGCAGAUAGGGCCUUCUACAGUUCAUUAUUGUAGUGUCAAACUGAGUUUUCUUUUUCUGUACCCGAGAAGUGAAAAUGGUCUUGGAGUGUGUUGGAAAGAGUGAUGGAUUUGUCUCAGACAAAGUUUGAGACACCAGUUUGUGGUGUAUCCCUGACAACAUUUGAGAUAGAAAUUAAAUCUACGGCUUAUAAUUUGCCUGAGUCUCACAUUUCAUUUUUCCUCUGGCAAAAUGAACAGAGAUGUGUGUUGGUAGGAUAUGCCCUAGAAUUCUACUAGCGCCAUGCAGACUUUGCUCUGCAUAUUAACACAUACCAUUGUAUUGUACAUUCCUGCCACUGUUCCAUAUUUCUUGUGACUGAACCAGCACUGGGUUGCACUUAUAGUUUAUUGUUAUGAAGUAGCAUGCUGCAAACUGAAAUAUUCUUCAAAUAACUUGUUAAUGUUUUCUUGUGAAUGAAGGCCUUUCAUAAUUGCUACUUUGCCAUGAAACUUGGAUUGGUUUGAUGACAACUUGUCGCAAAAUGUGCUUUCUGCUUAUGAUCACUGAAUUUGAAAUAUGAAAUCGCAUUGUAUAAUGGCAAAUGUUUUAUUUGUGCGAAUAUAAAGGAAAGAUUGAGUGCUAUCUUCGUUGGAGAUUGAUUUUGGAAGUAACUCUGAAGAACCAAAAAAGUGCAAGCUUCUUCUGGGGCAGAGCAAUUUUCCCUUACUGACCUAUCACCUUUCACCUUUGACUUACAUUCCUGUUUCUGCACUUGAAAAGAUUCCUUGAUUAUUGAUGCUGUGUGCGGUUCCAAGAUAGAAUUACAGUUGUCCUGGCAUCAGGACUUUUGUGUUUUUAAGUAUUAUUCUAGUAUAAGUAGAAUUUCGUUAUAAGCUGAGUCAUAAGACAGUUGUAUUUAAAGCCUCAAAUACAACACACACAAAAUGUUAAUUGUAUGGCUUUGAACUUACCUGUUUUAUAAUUUCUCUAGUGUUCUGGGCUCUUGCAGCUUCAGCAGUUUGUAUUAUAAAGAGCGCGGUGUUUGUGUUUUGAACAGUCUUGUGUUGUGAUAGCUUUGUCCUCCCUCAUCCCUGUCACAUUGAGAGCGUGGUCUCCGCCUGUAGACUCACAUAUCAGGUGAUCCACUGGUAGAUCUUUUUUCGAUUGUAAGGUGUUUGUUCAUUUUUGGGGCAAAAGUAGGCCUAUAGGGUCUGAAAGGAAUUGAAUCUAAUUUCAAUUGUCCGUGCUGAUUUUUCACAUUCUAACAUUUUACCAUUGGUCUAUUUAUGUUCUUUUACACUUGAACAGUCUUUCGAGAUCAUAAUGUUCACAGAGUUCCUUAACUUGGAAUGGCCUUUUAGCUGGAUGAUAUUGCAUGAUGUCACCCUUCCGGACAAUUUAUAAUUCAGUGGCUCGGUAGAGGGUGAAACAUGCUUUUUCCUAAACAUAGUUCGGGUACAUUAUUGUCAUAUGUGCUUAUCAUAAUUAUUGAGCAUUAAGAUCUGAGACCAAUGAAAAGAAUUUGAUUCAACAGAGAGUACUCAAAAGAUACUCUGUGUGAUUUUUUACUCUGUGUCCACUUUUGACCUUUGACUCUGUGAUCUAAUCAUGACAGGCGUGAUGAAAUUCAAGCGUUUGCUUUGAUAACCAUUUGGUUUAGAACAUUUUGUACUCUCCAAUAAUGACUAGUGCAACUUUAAGGAGACUGGUUUUGAAUAUUUAUCUAGUCUUUAGCAAUGGCAAUUUAAAAGUUAUUUGACGUCAGGCUUUAUACCAAAGAGAGAUUCCACUUUGUUUAGUAUAAGCUUUAAUUUUCUGGAGACGUACAGCAUUAUACAUUUGUAUUUGUACUUUGGAGAUCCAGAAGGCAAGCUGAAGUAAAAUGAGAACCUUUGUUGUGUAGCUCAGAGUUAGAGAUUCCCAGCCAAAGGAAUAUAACAGUCAUAAUUUUGGUUGAGAUCACGUUCAUCUGGCUCCAAGUCUUGUUCAUUAUGAAAAAAAAAUUAUUUUAGUUAGUAAUUUUGAGGAGUUUUUAAAAUAAAUUUUAUCUCAGGAUUAGUUUACAUAACCCAUGAUUAUUUUUCAUAUUGUGGUUGCAAGGUUCUUGUCUCUUUACCUUAACUCUUCAGAGGGCUUGAUUUGAAUACCACACUGGCGUCUUUGGUGCAGCGGUUAGGCAUUUCACUCAGGAGACCUGAGUUAAGUUCCCAAGUGGGGAGAAUUUUUAUAGAGUAUCUUAUUCUUUCUGCUGGGAUCUUUUAUCCAUCUCUACCCGGUUGGCUCCAAAAUACUUUGAAUUGGGUCAAUGGGGCGUAAAACAGACACCUUGUGCAGUUACGAGGACCGCAAAACUUUUACCAAAACAAAAUAAAAAGACUUACAUUUUGAAUACCACAAGGAUAUUAUUUCUGCUUCAAAGAAGGCACUUCCGACCAGGUCUCUGAUGUGCUUGAUAAGUCAGUUUGAUUGAAAAAAAAAUGUUGUAAUAUCUUCUCAAGUUACUGAAGCUAUUACAAAUAAGAUGUGUACAACGCAUGUGUGCCUGUGCAACUAUGUGUUCAUGAGGAUGUAGAUCGAUGUGUGUAGGGUGUUGAGUGGGGGAAGAGCAUUUGUUUUCUGUGCACUGAAAUGAGAAAUUGUAUGAAUAUUUGUGCACUCUUAUCAGUGAAUAUAUGUUUUCUUUAUAUAUUUGUUUAUGUUACAUAGAAGAGAUUUUAUUUAGCUUGUCCCGGUGUGCAUUAGCUCAUUUUUCUUUUGUAAAUUCAGUUUGGGAACACAGUAUGUUCACCAAGAAUAUUAUACUUUGCUGCGUGGUGUAUGAGAGCUCAAGACGUCUGGGGCUCUGAGGAAAGUGUCAUUGUGCAUGGUUUAGAAAAUGUUUCACUUGAGAACAAAAUGUGCUACUUUGUGAUGUAGGUGGCGUUGUGGUUAAGCUCUUGGACUUGCAACCGUAAGAUUGUAGUUUUAAAUUCUGUCUGGGGCCCGACGUUGUGUCCUUGGGAAAGGCACUUAACACAAAUUGUUCUCGCAUCACUCAGGUGGGAAUGGGUACGCAGCUAUAGACCGUGAAAGUCUUGUCAGCUUGUUCGUGUUUGAGUGCUUAAUCAGUUGAUUGCACUGUGUGCUUCCCAGGAAGCCAGAAUGUUCUCUCAUAAAUGGGAUAUUUUUGGUGAACUGUUGAACGCAGUUGUAAUUUACUGCUAGUAAGUAUAGUAAUUGUACAAAAGGACCAACAUUUCAUCUGGAGCGGAUUGGGAUAGUGACUUUUCCAACAAAGAGGAUGAUAGAGUAGACCACCAUCACCACUCUUUGUGAUAAAACAGCAAGUGCAGCAAAUAAUAUAUGAGUUGUCCACGGGAAAAAUAGGCAUAGUCACAAACUGGAAAUUGUGAGGGUGUCAAUUUAAAAAGCUUGUGGACUCAUAACUUCAUAUUUGUUUAAUUGCUGGUUUUUUUUGUUAAUGUUUGUUGAAUGGAAAAUCUAACAACAAUAAUCAACCAACAGUUGAACAGAAAUAAAGUUAUGAGUCGACAUGCCCUCUAAAUUGAUACCCUCACAAUUUUCAGUUGUGACUGUUUCCGUUUUUUCUGUGGACUCGUAUAAUAACAUCACUGUAUUAGUACACCAGCAGAGCUGGUUAUGUUUUUGUUUACUACUUGGCAAGAUUAAUCAAUAGUCAAUACAAAGCAUCAGUUUUAUUUGAGAUGCUUAACCCCUUUGUUGCCUAUAUGACGUACGCUGUUCAUCAUAUUUUCUUACAUGGCAAAUGAGCCAAAAUGCUGCUGUGACGUACGCCAAUCGAUCGUCAUAGGUUGUAUUCCGCAUACUGCUUCUAUUAGAUGUAUUUCGUAAAAUUAAUCGCACCUUCGCUUUGGGGAAUGUUUAUUCUGCAGAAAGAAAAUUUUUCCUUUUAGAUAUAGUUAGUAGUAUUUGAAAAUCGGACAGGGAUCCAAAAUUGUUCCAGGUACAGCACGAACUGACUGACCCUGUGAAGGGGUUAAGCACUCUUUAAUUUGUAUUUCGGUGCAGCUUAUAGUGAUAUUCUUUCGCAUCAACUUUGAUUCAGUCUUAAUUUAGAAUCUACAUCAUAGAGUGCAAGUUCAAACAGUAUAGGUGAUGACAGGCUUACUGAUAGUAAUGUACAGAGUUCAAAAAGAGGAAAUUGGACAAUUUAGUAAUGAGUAAACAAGUAACGAUAAUUUAGAACCUGAAUGUGAAAUGUGGCUGAUUCAUUUUGCUUUUCUUUUAUGUUAUCUGUGCUGUGCGUAUUUUGUUGUGACAAACUAGCAAGAUAUUUUUAAUGUUUCGUCUUAAAAGCACAUGAUCCUUAUUGGUAUCAGUGUGUAUUGCCUAUUAAUUUUUAUUUACCCCCCAGUUGUAAUGAUUCCUUGGAAGUUCCAGCACCGUAAUGGUGCAGACUGAGGGAUGGAGGUGUUUGGGGGUGUGCAGUGUGGAAAGGUUUUGAAAAUGAAAAGAACUGAAUGGGAGAAAAUGGCAACAUGCCAGACAUUAUUAGGUAAUGGAUACUAUUUUUACUAUACUUUUUACUUACGUGCAUUUCUGUGCCUAGUCAGCCUUCUCUGUGCCAGGUUGUGAUAAGAAUAGCACUUUGUAUUCUGAAGUCUGUGAUGGAGAAGAGGAGGAGAAUUUGUGAGGCAGGAGUUCUGGGGUGGGGUUGGGGGUGGGUGGAUAAAAGGGCGUUUGUUGACUUGUUUUGCGAAAGUUCAAGGUUGGAAAGGAAUUCAUUCAACUUUAAAUUUAAACUUCUCGUGGAUAAAUGUCUUUCUCUUUUUUUUUCUUUUUUCCCCCAAUUCUAACCUUUUUUCUUUGAAUGAUUUAUAUUCUUGCAUGUGUGUACAGUCAUUCUAGGUCAUGGAGGUACACAUCGCCAGCUACAAGUUGGGAAGUCUUUGUUUUUUUAAUUUUGGAGAACAUCAGAGAUAAAAGAGAGGACCCAAAUCAGAACUAUGACUUCGGCAUUCAUUGUUUUAAAAGAAAUGAAGGAAAAAACCCCACAAAAAACAUAAGAUAGAAAAUAACAAAACAAAGUGAAACUAUUUUGUAAGAUGCCCCUAGAUGUCGAUAUGCGAGUAACCCGCUUUAUUUGAAAAACCCCCAGAGACUGAUUUAGUUCAUUAUGGGACAGUGGGAUGACACUGAUGACGUGCUCUGUCAUUCUGUUGUUCUGUCCAUCUAGAUAAUAAAGGUACUUAUGUACAGUUAUUUCAGGCCAUGACGGUAUGAAUUAAUGUUCUGUCUUUAUAAAUCAUGAAAUACAAGUGUUCUGUUAUUCUAGAAGGUGAACAUUUUUUAAGUGUUCUGUAAUUUUAUAUCAUGAAGGUACGCUUAUAUAUUCUAUCGUCAUCCUAGAUCCUGGAGGUACCCAUUCACAGUCGAUCUAGUUUCCAAAACAGGUGUUCUUUCCCUUUUAUGCAAAAGUGUUGUGAGUGUAGUCAGGGGGCUGUAUCCCGUCGGACAGUCCUGAGAAACACACUCCAACCAUCACCCCGUCCCACUGGGACUUUGACAGGGCAGUAACAAUGGCUGCCCUGAGGUACCCAUGCCUGCACGUACUGAAAGAUAUUACUGUAUAUGUUUGCCUCUAGGACAAUCUAACAUACAAUUUGAGGGGUGGGGGAGUUGUACUUUUGACUCCAAAAUGGCCCAUUUUGUAGGUCAAGCACUUAAUAAUAAGAGGUAAUUCCUCACAUACUGGAGGGGGCCCAGAAUGCAUGAAAUCAAGUUUGGCUUCAACUUUUGUGUCUUACCCAAGAGAUUGAUUUAAUCUGUGAGGCCCGAUCCUGGCUGUAUAUUACGCGCAGUACACACAGGGGUAUACUUUUGGACGACAAUGACUAUGACAAUCUUUAUUCCUCUCACAGGGAGAAAUUUGUCAUGGUCGUUUACAAUGGCAGUAGAUGUUACAAAGGUUAAGUGUACUCUCGCAUUUACACAACAAGGCAGGACCUCACUUUAUUAAGAAUUUGCCCAUAUUAUAAGCGAGUAUAUACUGUAAGUUAACGUUUUACUGGAAGGGUUUGGUGCUAGUGUGUUACUUUGUACUCUUCUGAUAAUAUGACGGGCAGGAGGUGGGGUUUCUAGACUUCACUACUCUUCAUCAGCUGGCUCAGUAGAGUGGUCAGUGCUCCUGUUUUUAAUCAGUGCAGACUCUUAGUCUUAGAGAGUCUUAAGUCCUGGGUAAACUAACACAGGUCUGGUGCUUACUUGUAAAUUUUCACCAAUUCAUUUAUUGAUAGUUGUCAAAUGUAUUCUGACAUCGAUGUUGUGACUUAUAUAUUUUUUUUUUGUUUCCUUGGUUUUGUUGUGUUUUGUAUUUAGGAACAUUGAAUCUGAAGGUUUGUUAUGGAUGUACUUUGUAAUCUUUUGCUAGUUGUACUUUUUAAACUGAGUGCCUGACAUUUAGCAUAGCUCUGUUGAUUUUUUUAUAUGAAUUGUGCAGGAUGUGCCCAUGAAUAAGUUCCAACCAAAUAAUUUAUCUGAGUGAGUGUUAAACAUAUUUUGUGUGGGUUUGUGAACAGGUGCCAUGAUAUGCAUACAUGAUAACAGCUAAAAACUGAGUUUGUCAGAGAAAUUAGUCUGUUUUGGGUUUGUUAGGUUGUUAUUUUUUUUUGUAUACCAGCUUCUCCACAGGCCUCUGCAGUCUACACCCUUUCUUUGAUUUUUAUUGUGAAGGAGGUCCCUCUUGUAAUUUUUCGUCCCUGGGGUUGGGGCAUGAGAAACUGGCUUGACCGCAGCUAGUUUGUGAGUUUCAAAGACAUUCCAAUUUGAAAAUUGUGUAAAAACGAAGAGCAGCCACGUUACCUAUAUGUACUCGAUGUUGAUGCAUUCUUCGCCUGAUUUUGGAAGAAUUAUGAAUGAAACGUUCACUGGCUUAACUAUUUUUCUCACAUGUGUAUAUAACUUGUCCUCCUCAUUGUGUAUGUCUACAUCACCUUACCUCCCUUACUCUUGUUGAAGUCUCACUUAGAUUCACAGAUCAUUAUAAUAGUCAAUACUUACACAGCAUUGAAGUAGGCUACCUGUUAGUCACUCAUAUUUGAAAUAGGCAUUACUAUGUUCGACUAGUUGUUGGUAACGUUUUAUUUAUAAUCUGUUCUUUUAUUUUAUUUAUGUGUGUGGAUAAAACAGUGUAUGGAAUGUUGCUGAGAGAAAAAAAACAACCUACUUUUGGGAAUUUUUUUGGGGUCCCCUCUAAAGUCAUGAUGACUUUGCUGUGAGUAUAAAUGUGUCCUAAUGUGUAGACUGAGAUAUGUCAAGCGGGAACAGCAGAGAGUACAGGUCAGGACAUAACCUUUUUAAAAAACGUACGCUGUUUCAGAGCUCAAUCUAAUCAUGUGUUCAUGUAAGGCACAAGAUAUUAUUAUGUACGAUGCUGUAAAUCUUUGUCUGGAGAUUUGAUGUCUUGAUACUCUGAAUUGUUCCACCCAAAAAAGGUGCCCUCUGUCCAUUCUGUUCCACAUAUUAUUACACAGAUAUCAGGAAAAACGUUCAGCUCAUCUAUGGGGCUAAAUAAAAGUUUCGCCGAAACUAUAGAGGGCUGUUUGGAAAUAGGAAGCUUGAUCCAAUGUUGUUAUGUAGCUUACUGUCUAGGAAUAGGAAACUGAAUAAUAGAUCCAACCAUACCCCAGAUGCAGUCUUAGAAUAGGACGCCGGAUCCAACCUUGUCUUAUAUAAUAUAUAUUUGCUGUUUGGGUGUAGGAAGGUAUAUCCAACUUUGAUCUGUAGACCACUGUCUGGGACUAAAAAGCGAGAUAUCUAAUUGUACCCGACAAAGCACUUUGUUGGAGUAGGAGCUAGAUAUUUAAAUAUGUUGCCCUGUAGUAUAGAGUGCCAGAAAUUGGAAACCCACAAAUGAAGGGAAGGGCUAAUAAAACUAGUUUUUUUAUGUAAGGAACUGCAAGGAUAUGACAUUAUGACUAUUGUUUUCUGUUCAGUUAUGUAUUUGCUGUGCUCUUGCUUCUGGUUCAGGGCCAUGUGGUCCUUCAAGUAUAUGUGUUGGAAGUGGUUCUCCUUAAGUGUAUGGGGACAGAGGACCGUGAUGCUGUGUCUCUUUUGGUCCAUGGCCUGAUUUCUCUAAGGAUGUUGGGAUGCAUGUAGCUAUUUUUGAGUGAGAGAGAGGGGGAUGGGGGGGAGGGAGGGAGGGAUAUAUAUAGAGAGAGAGAGAGAGAGAGAAAGAGGGAGAGAGAGGGAGCGAGAUAGAAAGGAAAAGAGAGAGAAAGGGAGAUAGAGAGAGACUGACAGAUAGGUAGACUGACUGCUUGUAUUCUUAUUUCGUGUGUGACAUAUAUUUACAUUAUGUCUAAUGCACAGUGCAUGCCACCAAUCGAAUUCAUUUGAUUGAAUUGGAGCCAGUGUGAUUUUUCUCCUAAAAGCUACUAUUUUGGAACAAUUUGACCAAAUUUGACUAAAUUCAACUGUGAACAUCAAAACCAAAAGCGUUUGUUUGCCAUGGUUGUCAAUCGAAUUGGUUGCAAUGUGCCGAAAUGGUAGCUUUUGUCCCUCUAUGGUGGAAAAUCUGGCAGGUUCCUGACUCAAUUCGAUUUUAUAGUGUGCACUGGGUCUGUACGAUAUGCCGUAGAUUCUUCUCUUUCUACACUGCGGAGCCCAAAAUAGCAGACUGAGCUUAAACUCUUGCCUGACCUAGUCUAACACCUGAAAUGCUUCAUUUUCAACUGAGUUUUCUUUUGUAUUGAAAAUUAUUUGUUAAGUCCAAAGUUGACUAAUGUUCAUGCAUGUUUCUGGACUUGCUAAAUUCGAAAUAUAAUGGUGAGCUGCAUGUAUGGAAGCAUUGCCCAAAUUUGUGUGUCUUUUCUAAAAGCAGUUUUCUCUGGGGGGGGUUGCUUUAUUUUUUCAACCAUUCUGCUUCAGAUUUAAACCAUUUUUUCUUUGAAUAUUUGAACAGUACUUGGGUGCUCAAUUAGCCCAGUUAAUAUCAAGCUGGACUACAGAGCAGUCGGCCUUGGUUCAGUUCCUCAAUGGGUCAUUUUGAACUAUGGUUGAUUCGGGGAGUUUUAAGCUCAGUCUUCCUAUUGGAGAUGGGCAUGGAAUUCAAAGAUACCUCCUCUUAGAUAAUCUCAGUGUUGAAGUUAAAUCUAUACAAAGACAACGACAAUGGACUGUAUAAAUAUUAUAGAUAAUUAGAAGGACUCAAUUUAGGAAAAACAGCGACUCGUUGUUCGACAUUUAAAGACUCAAGGGAUUACACAUUUAUAAUUUAUGAAAGCUGCUAUAUCAUAUGCUGUGGCCUGAAAAGUUUUUCUAAAGUCUCUGAAAUGUGAUGCCAUAAGAGGAUUCUACAGUCGCUGUGAUAUGUUAACCAGGGAACUUUCUCUAUAAAGUCACUCUGAUCUAACAAACAGAGAAGUAUUUAACGUCGUGGUGUGUUUUUACUGCUCAUGAAUUGUCUUUGCUGUUGUGUUGUCGUAGUAGGCGUUCGCUAGCUCAUAAGUCGGUGUGUUGGUGCCGUGUUUUUAUGUGUUGUGUUGGGGAAUGUCUUCAUAGGAUUUGAUUGCCUACGUUAGUUUACACAUGCUCUGUGAAUAUGACGUGAUGUUGAUCAUUUAGAAGCUGCUACGACUUUGCCUGUUAUACUCUGUGUGGGUGUGUGCGAUACGGCAUUCCAGCAGAAGAAAGACCGAUGUAGGCCUACUCAACAAAAUAAUUUACUAUGUUGGGAAUCAAAAUUCAUUUUUUUAAAAUAUGUGCAAAGGUUAAGAGUGUAAUUAAUUGCAGACGCAAGUGUAUUUUUAUGUUUAUGUGUGUGGAGUUUUUUUGUUUUUUUUUACAAUAUGUACUUAUGUGUUGGUUCGUAUAGUUAUGUGUUGGCGCAUGUACUUGUAUUUGGUUGGGAUUUUUUGGGGGGUUAUUGUUGGGUUUUUUUUGUUGUUGUAUUUGUUUUGUCCAUGAAUAUGCCAAGUGACGGUUGCAGGUUGCCUUCAUGACUAAUCAUGUUUUGGGAAUGUUACAGUUGUACAUGUAUUCAUGAUUGAGUAUGUGAGGGGGAAUGGUGGAGUUGUAUUCCUGAUUGAGUUUGUAUGGGGAAAUGGUGGAGUUGUGUUUAUGAUUGAGUUUGUAUGGGAAAUGUUUCAAGUUACAGUUGUCUUCUUGACUUAACCUGUCUGGGGAAUGUUACAGAUUUGUAUUCAUAUCAUGACAAGACUAGAAUGCGGGGAGGACUUGAGCCUCAACUACAACAGCAAGACGAAUACUUUCGAAGUUUAUUUAUAAUAAAUGUAUGACUUACAGUC